AUGUCGGAUGCGUUUGGAGAGCGGAUAUUGAAGUACGACGGGACGCAGGAGAUCCUGUUGGAGCCGGAGAUCCACCGCAACUGCAGCGCGGGCGGCGGCCCCGAGUACCGGUGGCGCGUGCUGGACGAGGGCGGCCACGAGGCUCUGUUCACCAACUACCACGCCUUCUUCUCGCCCACGCUCGUCAUCCACCCCUUCUACGACAGCCACUGGACGAAGCUCCUCGCGCCCUCCGUCGAGAAGGCGUCGGACCUUGUCUCCCUGCAGGCGCACUCCCUCAGCCCCUUCGCCGUCCUGGCCGACGGGACGUACACCGCCGAGCUCACCAUCGCCGAGAAUGACACGAUCGUCAGCGCGUCGGUCAACACCACCUUCUCCGUGGUGGCCAUCCGGCUCAAAGUGGUGUUCACGGACGGGUCGGCGCGAGAGGUGGACGCCCGCUCCAACAUCACGCUGCAGGUGGAGGUGACGUCGCCCACGCCCGACUACGACAUCAAGUGGGGCUGCCACCUGCUCUACAACGCCAGCGAAGGCUGCUUCCCCGAGGCCGACCCCUGGAGCAAGUACACCAACACCUCCGACCACGCCGACACCGUCUUCGACAUCCUGCACCGCUGGUGGGAAAUGAUCCACGGCGGCGGCGACCGCGGCGCCGGCGACGGAGGGCCCGCCGACGCAGGGCCGUCCAGGGGCGGGCCAGGCGGCGCGCGCGUGUCCCCCGACCAGGGCGUCAUCAGGCGCUACUACCGAUUCCAGCAGACGAUCACCUUCCCGGCGUCCGACCUGCGGCUGGACCCCGCCGACCCCUCCUCCCGCAGGUUCCUCUUCAACGUGACCGUGUCGUACCUCCUGCGGCAGGCCACGGCCGAGCAGCUGAUCACCGUCGCCUUCGGGAGGGACAACUUCGGGAUACGGAUCAACCUGAGCUCGCAGAUCCCCUUCGGCGCCUACCGCAGGCUGGUGUUCGAGAGCGAGUGCCGCACGUGCACCGCGGAGGAGCUUCAGGACAUGAAGUACAAGUGGAACCUCCAGAUGAUGACUUCCAGCAGCUUCUUCGCCUACUCGCCCCCCCCGCCCGUCGCCGAGGUGGAGGAGAACCUCUGGGAGGCGCUGCGGCAGGGGCGGCCGCCGGACACGUUCGUCCCGCGGCCCCGAGACUACCUGAGGGUGUACAACAAGACCGACCUGUUGCUGCCGCGCGACAGGGCUCGGGGCUCGCGUCCCGCCUUCCCGCCCCCGGAGGCCGAGGGCAUCAGCGCCAGCGACCUCAAGAAGUUCCCCGCGCCCCUCUCGACCGACCUCCUCGCCCGCGCCCGCCGGAUUUUCCGGGAGGAUGGUAGCGUUGACCGCGCCCUCUGGAGGACUCUGAGGCUCGAUCUGAGGAGCGAGCUGUGGAAGGACCCGGCGUGGCAGCAGAGCGAGGAAGGGCGGCGCAAACGGGACGCCCAAAUGGACGGAGGCCACGAGUUCGGCAGCGGACGUCACGCGCCGCCGCCUGCGGCGCAGCAGGACUUGGUACAAAAGUCGCGUUCCCGUCGUGCAGUUUACCCGACGGAGCAAGAACGACGUCGGGCGGAGGUGCGUCCCGCCGUCGACUCCGAGGAGGGGAAGGGGGCCAGGUCGGCCAAGUCCGUGGGCGACUCCUCCCCCAGUAGGAACGCCCCUCUGUACCCUCGGCAGAUUACCACUCGGCAGCCCCUGCCACUCGAGGAUGAAGGGCAUGGAGGCCCGAAGUCACCUGGCGGCCAUGAAGGCAGACCGGGACUGAGAGGAGGAGGCGACCGAGGCCGUGACGGGGACGGGGAGCAGGAGACGAGAGACUACGACGCCCUCGCGGACGGAGGGAUGCACGCAGGGCCGCGAGAGCACGCGGAAGCCGCCCCGGGGACUGGUGGCAAGACUGCAGGUGGCGCUCGCACGAAGCUAGAAGUUCUGCCGGAGGAGGAGGCGGGAGGAGAAAGCAGCGAGCACUUUGUCGAGGAGGAGGGUCAUGAAACGGGAGAGGAUGCCGGCGGCGGAGGCGGCGCCGCGACAGAGCGAAUUAAUGGCCGUGAGCACCAAGGGCGUGACGCGCUUGACACCGGAAGUACAAGACGCCGGAAAAACUUGUUCGAGACGAAUUUGGUGCGCGACGAAUCUGAAGUCAGAGUCAGUAGUCUCUCAAGCGCGUCUCCGGACGACGAUGACGAGGGUGAGAAUGCCUCGGGGAACUCCGGUCCGAAGGAGACGACUGGCGCGGCGGUGACCCCAGACGCCGUCACCGGCGGGGGGGUCACGCCGAGUGUCACGCAGGUGCGUCGGAAGGCCCCCGGGGAGACCGGAGCCGGCUCGGUCACGCACGACAUGGGGCAGGCAUCGGGCGUUGACGCGGCUGACACGAGGCAGGAGGAAGCCGAGGCCGCUCCGGACCCAAGGGAGCCAUCAGGGACGCCGUGGCGCGCGGGCGCGGAAGGGGGAGGCAGCACUGGCGGGGGGGAGGACCCGCGGCGAGUCGUCGUGGGAGCCGGCAGGGGUGAGGGCCCCGGGCGGAGACUGCGGUCGUCGCCAGCGUCCCCGUCACCUCGGGAUGAAACCGCAGAGCAUCACGCCCGCGGCGCAUCCCAGACCCCGGUGCUCUCGCCGUCGAACGCGCCCGACGCGGACGUGGGAAGGCUCCCCGCCCCCCGCCCGUCGCCCCCCGCCCGGAGAGCCCCUGCCUGGCCCGCCGACACCGCCACCGCAGGGUCCCGACCUGUUUCUACUCCUGGGAAGCGCUUGGGAGCGAGGGACGGCGGUGGCGGCGCAGGGAGACGGCCGCUGACGCCACUUCAGCGUGCGGUGGGCCAGGACCGCCGGCGCGGCCGGGGCGCGGGAGCGGACGCCGGAGAUGCGGCUGAGCCGAGGGAAGGCUUGCGGCCGCCGCAGCGCUCGCCGGCCAAAGGAGAACCAGUUUCUGUUUACCCUCCGAUGUCCUGGUUGAGCAGACUCUCCGCCGGCAGAGGAGUCCCCCAGGACGCGUCGCCGGCCUCCUACCCGCCGCUCCCCACCUCCUCCCCCUCCACUCCCCAGGUGCUGGACUACCAGAAGUACCUCCAGAUGAAGCAGCGGGCUCAAGCCCGGCCAAGGUGCCCGGGACAGCCGACAGAAGCACGCGUGGUGGGGCGGCGGCGGCGGCGGCGGCCAAGGACGCGAGGCAGGCGUGGACACCCCUGCGGACGCCGGCGGAGGGGCCAGGACUCCCACGCCACAGGAAGGGAGCGCCGCGGACAGCCCGGGGGCUUCGCCUCGCAAGAGCGGCUACCAGGGCGACCUCGUGAAGUAUGGCGCCCUCCCGAAGUCCACAUACUCGAUGACCUCCGCUUCACCGACGUCGUCUGGCUGACUUCGAUGACGUCGACGGGAACUCGGGAGCCGCUGCUGGUGCUGUACGUAAACAUGUUGUACAGCGGCCUCCCGUACAAGCUCAGCCUCCACACCCAGAACCCGAGGACGAACUCCAGCGGGACGGCCCAACAGCUGAUCGAUUUCUCGCCCGCGCCCAAGCUGAAGUCGUGCCGGGUGGUGGCGAGCAGGGGCGGGCCGCGGUUCUGGGCGUCGUGCGGGGUGGCGUCGGGGCUGUACCGGCCGCUGUACUUGCAGUGGAGCUACCACUUCCUGCGCUACGGCCCCAAGACGCUGUUCUACCACGGUACGCGCACCAGCUUCGACUUCACGCUGCCGUCGGGGCUGGAGGCCAACGACCACAAGAUGUACGUGUCGGUGAAGGCGCUGGACGGCAAGGGCGUGGCGUCCAAGUACCAGGAGGUGACGACGGGGCUGCGGGUGGAGCCGCGGUUCGAGAGCGGGGACGGCGUGCUGUCGCUGUUCAAGGAGAUCUCGCGCCUCGAGAACGAGAGCCCGCCGCUGCUGCUGCAGGAGGUGCGCUCGCUGGCCUGGGAGCUCAACCUGCUGGACACCACGCACGUGUCGCAGACGGUGUUCGACAACAUCGUGGCGCUGCUGUUCUACCAGACGCGCUGCAAGGACAGCCUGGAGACGGCCACGGACGAGUCGGUGGCGGCGGCCGACGACAGCGGCGCCAGCAUCCUGGCCAAGGUCAACCUGCUCAAGUCGUGCGCGCGGGACCACCUGGUGGAGCUGGUGGCCAGCCUGCCCAUCAGGGACGAGAUGGAGGUGAUGCAGGUGCUGACGGCGCUCGAGAUGAUCGUCGACGCCACCGAGUACAUCUCGAGCAAGACCUUCACGCGCGUCAUCGAGGCCAUGCGCGCCGCCGAGAAGAAGAUGGGCUGGAACUACAACCCGGAGAUCAGGACGCAGGCCGCCAAGGAGUACUUCGCGCUGACGUCGGAAGUGCUGGACAAGCAGACGGAGAUCUACGACUGGGCCAGCAGCUCGCUCCUCCUCAGCAUCGAGUUGGUGGAGCUGCUGCUGAAGGUAAUGGAGGGCGAGAUCAGGGCGCGGUUUCUGGAGGAGCAGCCCCUCGAGUACCCGUCCUCGACCCUCAAGUACACGGGCUACCUGGCAGAGACGGAGCACCUCAACCGCUGGAGCAGCGACGUGCUCUUCGCCUUCAACACGAGUGGCCUGCCCCACCGCGUCCACCUGGUGCAGAGCCUGGAGCACGACCGCUCGCCCUACUACGUCAAGGACGACCCCGUCGUGUCCAAGGUCGUCAGCGUUGACCUCCACAUGAACAGGGACAUCCUCAAGUCCGUCACGGUGAAGCUCCCCCGCUCCAAACUGGUCACGGAAUCCGAGUACGACUUCCGGCGGGCGGGCAUCCUCUCGCCGCAGUCCCUCAGCGUCUACGAAUUCGAGGUGAAGGACGAGCACUCGGCCCUCGCCUUCCACGUCCUCCUGCAGGUCGUCCGGAUCCUCAACCCGGACUAUCCGGUGGCCGCCGUCGUCCUCAUAUGCCAGAGCCUGCAGAGCCUGCGGGAGCCCCUGUACAAGGAGGAGCUCUCGGCCACGAUGGAGGCGGCGCAGGUGCAGCUCUCCCUCGAGCCCGGCCAGCUCUCCAGGGGGACCAAGCUGCUCAUCAUCAUGGACAAGAACAGCUACGAGAAUAACUGGUCGCGUCAGAACGUGUCAGUCCAGGGCGCGGACUUCAAGGUGGCGGCGUGGUGGUCGCAGUGCCUCGUCUGGAACAUGAACUCGUGGUCGCCGGAGAACUGCUCUGUGGAAGGGAAUCUCUCGACGUGGGACCUGACCACCUGCAGCUGCCACUCGACGCACAGCACGUACGGCGCCCGCUCCGUCCCCAUCCUGAGCGAGGAGAGCACCAUCGCCGUGAACGAGCUGAUGUUAGUCGAGACCUUCAUGGCACUGUACUUCAUCGUCCUUGUCCUCGUGCUGUACUUCGUGAUGGCGCUCGGCCUCCAGACGUCCGAGCGACACCGACUCAAGCGGAGAAACAUCUGGCUGAGGGACAACGACCCGGCACACGAGUGGGCGUAUCUGCUCACCAUCAAGACGGGCACGCAGUGGAAUGCCGGCACCACGUCCAAGGUCUACGCCAUCGUCCACGGCACACACAGCAUGAGCGAGACGAGGGAACUCCAGUCGAAGCAAACCGGGCAACUGUUCACGCGGGGAGCUCUCUGCUACCUUCAUCCUCACGACAGCAGAGCCCCUAGGAGAAUCCUGAAGGUGCAGCUAUGGCAUGACAACAGCGGGGGGAGCAGCGCCGGGUGGUACGUGUGCGAGACGAGCGUGGUGGACCUCGUGCUGGGGGCGAGGUACGCCUACCCGUGCUACCGCUGGCUGGCCGUGCAGGCGGAAGAUGCCAAGGUGGAGCGAGAGAUCACCUUGGAGAGCCCGACCACCUUCUUCCAGGAUUUCGAGCACUUCCUACCCCAGUACGCCAGCGAACACAUGCUGUGGACGUCGCUGCUCACCACGUCCAGCACAGCCAAGUUCUACAGGCUGCAGCGACUGACUAUCUGUCUGAUCGUUUGUCUGUGUCUCGGCACUAUAUCGCUGGCCGUUGUGCAGAGAAUCAACACCGAACACACCAUGAUGGUCCCGGACAUGCACAUCGAGCCUAUGUACUACGGUUGCAUCAUCGCCAUGGCCCUCCUGCCCGUGCAAUGGCUGCUGGAGAUGGUGUUCAAGAUGAGCAAUAGAUUGGAGGAAAAGGAGUACAACAACAAGUCUGUGCUGGACACGCUGCGCGCCACGAGGGAGAGCGAGGCGGCGCCGCAGCCGAGGGGCGACGGCGACGGCGAGAGCGACGCCGGGCUCAGCGACGAGGAGAGCGAGCUGUACAACCCGAACUCGAGCACGUGGACGGCGCUGGCCCGGUGGGCGCAGACGGUGGAGCUCACCAACGCCCACCUGAGCCUCCUGCAGGACAAGGACAUGGACGGCAUGCACGUGAUGCAGCGAUCGCGGACGCCCAACGCCGCCCAGAGCGAGGGCCCGCCGGAGGAGGCGUUGGGGCCCGCGGAGCCCGCCGCCCGGUGCGCGGAGGGCAAGGCGCGGCCCCUCCCCGCGGCCGGCGGGCGCGACGCCGCCAAGAAGUGCUCGCCGACCAUCUUCGAGUUCCUGGCGGAGCUGCGGCGCGCCUUCGCCUGCCUCGUGAGGAUCCUGUUCGAGGGGCGGAGGGCCAAGUGCAAGGGGCGGGCGCGGCAGGAGGACGAGGCCGGCUGGGAGGCGGACGAGGACGACGACGACGACGACGAGGGGGAGGGCGGCGAGGGGCGGGCGGCGUCCAGCCUGACCUUCAUCUUCUCCCAGUGCGUCGGAUGGAUCGUCUGCUGCUUCUUCGCCGCAAUGUGCUGCAUGGUGCUCGUGGUCAGAGGCUCGGGCAUGCCAAUGGACUACUGCGCCGUGUGGCUUCACAUUAUCUACAUGACCUUGUGCUUUUCCAUGUUCGUCAUGCAGCCGCUGGUCGUGGUCAUUUACACAUUAUACAAGGUGUGCAUGUACCGGUGGCUCGGUUGCAGGGGUUGCAUCAGCGACUGCGUGACCGUGCCCCUGGACCAGGUCGUGGCCAUCUGGAACCGCUACCAGACCGUUCUGCGAGGCUACAAAAACAGGACCGAGGAUAUGAGCAAUGAGAAGUUGCUGGAGGAGCGGCAGCGGACGAGGGACCUGCGCUUCGCCCAUCCGCCCAGCGAGGACUACCUCCUGCGGUGCCGGGAGAAGGAGGCGCAGCGGGACAAGGUCUCGAGCGUCUUCCGGAGCGUGCUGGGCCUGCUGCUCAUGCUGGCGCUGCUGGUGGUGAUCGCCAGCAACUCGAACGUGUCGGAGCGGUACAUGCUGAACGCCGCGACGCUCACCACGCUGCAGAACGGGAGCUGCCUGGACCGCGAGAAGUACCCGGACUGCUGCCGGGACUCGUCGUGCGCGGCGUGCAGCGAGGGCAGGAACGAGGACUACGUGCCCUUCGGCUCGAUCGUGACGAAGGAGGACUGGUGGAAGUGGGCGUCGUCCGAGCUGAUCUCGCUCGCCUACAACAGCGACCGCGCCUUCUCCCAGUUCAGCGUGUUCUGCGACUCGAACAGCGUCCUGAUCGGCUGGCCGCGCAUCCGCAAGUACGACAUCAACCCCGAGGAGUGCGAGGCGGCCAAGUACCUGGUGUCGUCCAACCGGUCCCUGGCCGACCUGCUGCACGUGCAGUCCUGCUUCCCGGAGUACGUGGACAGCGUGUCGCACGUGUUCAGCUUCGGCUCCAACCUGAACAAGGACUGGGACGCGCCACCACACCCGCAGACGGACCUCUACACGACCGUCAACCUGCUGGCCGAGUUCCCGUCCCUGUCCGGCGCUCAGGUGAUGGUGCGAGUGUCGUCGACCGCCGUGGAGCGAUACAAAGGGACCUGGUCGCUCGUGUGCAUCAUGGCCGAGGUGAUCUUGGUGGCCGUCUCCAUGCACUACCUCUACCGCACCACAAUCUACGUCUACAAGUGUCGCCUGAAGAUCUGGAAGUCAUUCUGGGUUUUUCUAGACAUAUUAAUGACGAUCUUGAGCUGGAGUUACAUCGUGUGCCUCAUGCUGCGCGUCCAAAUAGCCGAGUACAUUAUGUGGCAGCUGCGUGUGGCUUACUUUCAGAAGUAUGUCAAUCUGAAAGGCCUCACGACUUGGGAUAACAUCUUGGAGUCCUUGAUCGGAGGGAUGUUGCUCGUCCACAUGAUCCGUUGCAUGAGGAUGAUGAGGUACCUGCCCGCCUUCCGUCGCCUCGGGCACGUCCUCAGUGGAGCUGCCAAGGAUGUGCUGGUGGUCACGGUGAUGCUGCUGGGGAUGUUGGUAUGCUGUAUGCUCCUGGGCUACAUGUGGUUCAGUUCGCUGCUGUGGGAAUUCCACACGGCGCUCGAGGCCUUCCUCACCCUCGUCAGGAUCAUCAUGACGCACGUGCCCUUCCUGCCCAACCUGGAAAACGAAAGUAAUGGAUAUGUAACUUCCCUGGGUUAUCUCUAUUAUCUGAUAACAUACAUCCUUCUGUACCAGCUGACCCGAGCUCUUUACAAGGCCGCUUUUAUCCAUGCUAUGAAGUCCUACGUUGGAAAGCCAGGCGUGGAUGUGGCGUGGAGGGACAUCAAAGUCUACGCGAAGGAAAGGUGCCAGUCACUCCUGCGGUUCAUUCAGAGGAAGGCAGAGGUGGUUGAUGAACCCAAGGAUAACACACCGCCGGACUUCUACAUGGCUGAGCUGGAGCUCCAGAUCAACCAGAUCCUGGGCGGCCUCGACAACCUGGCCGAGUCCCUGGGGAUCGUGACGGAGCGCGCGGCCCAGCUGGACGAGGCCGACGACGAGGACGACGACGAGGAGUUCCGGGACAGCCACGACGGCGAUGACGACGGCGACGACGACGAAGACGAGGAGGAGGAGCAGCCACUGUGCGAGCGCGGGCGGGACUGGCUCGCGGAGGGCUUCCUCCAGGGGAAGGUGAAGAGCUCGACGCCCAAGACGGAGCUGGACGUCAUCCUGCAGCCGCUGCAGAAGAGGGUGCAGGAGCUGCUGGGCCAGGCGGAGAGCGGCGAGCGGGAGGCGGCCUUCCCCGGGGCGGCCGACGACCGGCUGGCGGAGGCGGAGGGCGCGCAGGACUCGCCCUUCGAGACGUCCUUCAACCUGGACGCCUUCACGGACGUCGCCAGCUGCCAGACGGAGAUCGAGGCCAUCGCGCGCUCGUGGAACCUGAGCGCGCUGGCCGGCGGCCCCGCGGCUCGGGGCUGGGCGCAGGACGACGGCGGCCAGCUCGCCAAGUUCCUCAAGGACGUGUCCGUGUCGGCCGCCUCCGACGAGUCCCUGCAGGCGUUCGGCAAGUACGGCAAGACGGUGGGCAAGCUGAAGGCCACGCCCAGGCUGCAGCCGAGCCACGAGAGCCUGGCCGCCGCCCUCAGGAGCCACAGCACGAGCGGCGCCUCCGACGCCAGCAGGAUCCGCUCGGUGUCGUCCUUCGUGGACAGCGGCGGCCCCCCGCAGGAGCAGGCGGCAGGGCGGCCGCGCUCGCACACCAGCGCCGCCGCCGCCGCCGCGCAGGAGGGCCCGGCGCACGGGUCGUCCGUGGCCAUGCUGGGCUCCAGGCUGCGGAGGACGCAGACGCAGGGGCGGGGCAAGGGCCACGUCGACGUCCUGGACAUCGAGAGCCUGAUCCUGGAUAGCGAGGAAGGCAGCGAGUAUUAGGGCUCCGCGGCUUCCAACGAGGCAAUAAACCCUGAGCGUCGGGGUUUCCGAGCGGCGGACACCAGGGCUUCGGAGCUUCAGCGAAGGCGGCGGCGAGAACAACUCAAGCUUCGGAGCUUCAGGUGGAGGGAAACACAUCCGCCGAUACCCGUAUUCUUUCAUGCAACUGCAGUGCCUUUUCUCGAUUGACAAAUGUAUCAUUUUUUUAUUUUUUAGGCUUAAGCAGAAAGGAUUAUUUUUCAGAGAUUGGGAUUCCCGCUUUAACGCAUUCUUGAUUUAUUCGAACUUUAAUGGUAAAAUGUCUCUUGUUUGAAUACCAUCAUCAAAACUACUGUUCUUUCAUUAUUGAUCAAACAGUGCCUUAUAAACCUGCUAAUUUUUUAAUGGUAAUAUGGAAAGAUUAGUGUAAUUUGAGCAGUAAUUAUACGAAAACUAUAUUUGCAUACUAGUCUGUGUGGGGCAUUUUUGUACCGCCGUUUCCAUUGUUGGUCAGUAUUGCAUACUUUUGGGGAAAUAAAAAGAAAAUCAUAUUUAA